GUGGGGGAACAAAGCAAAACAAUGCAAAUAAGCAACUCCCUCUCUCCUCACCUCAUCAUCAACAAAACACAAAAAGCCCCUUGUUUUUCACUCAUCCCACCUCUUCUUCUCCACCCAAACUCAAAUUCUCUCUCUCUCUCUUCCAGUCAGUCCCCUUGCUCUCUCUAUCUCUCUACCCCCCAUCAAUGGAGGCUACCAUUAAACAGCAGGAGAGAGAGAGCACACACGCUCCUAUGUGCUCCUCCUCAAGCUGCAUCAUCAAUGGCAACAAGAGCGGCGCCAGCAGUGAUCAUCCCAUGAGCAACAAUGGAGGCGCGGCGGCGGAGAUUCCAACAACGCCCCAUCCGCUCACCCCGAAAACCAUCACCAGAUCUGAGUCCAACCCUUACCCGACCACCUUUGUCCAAGCGGACACCACCAACUUCAAGCAGGUGGUCCAAAUGCUCACCGGCUCAUCCGAGACCGUGAACAAGCAGGGCUCAAAGCCGCCGAACGCGAGCACUUCUCCUCAAGAUCCACCGUCGCUCCCGCCUAAUAAUUCCAAGAGCGCAAUUCCUCCCAAGAAACAAGGGUUCAAGCUCUACGAGAGGAGGAACAGCCUCAAGAACAGCCUCAUGAUCAAUACUCUGAUCCCGGGUUUCGCUCCCAAUUCUGGGUUCUCGCCAAGAAAGCCGGAGAUCUUGUCGCCGAGCAUGCUCGACUUCCCUCGGCUCGCGCUCAGCCCGGUCACUCCACUCAACGAAGACCCUUUCAACAGGUCCUCACCUUCUCUAGGGAAUUCUUCCGAGGAGGAGAGGGCCAUAGCAGAGAAGGGCUUUUACUUGCAUCCGUCGCCGAUCAACACGCCGAGGGACGCCGAGCCUCAGCUCUUGCCGCUGUUCCCGGUGACCUCGCCCCGCGUCUCCGGCGCCUCCUCGUGAAGACGGAGGGAGGGAGGGAGGGAGAUAGAGGGUUCCUCUGUGUGUAUUAUAUGUCCCUAAUUGCAGAGUCUUUUUUCCACAAUGAGCAGGGAAGUCAGUGGAGUCUUUGAUAGAUAAAGAGAACGUGACUGGUGCUUGAAUGGCACCAAGCACAUAUGUCAAGUUGACGUUAAAAAUGUUGGGAAGAAGAAUGGGUGAGUUGUCAGACGGACACAGUACUUUGAUGAACCAAAAAAGCAUCCUUGGGUGGUGACCGGUGAGAUCUACAGAACUCCCUGUUUUCUCUCUCUCUCCCUCUGUCUCUGUGACCAGCAGAUUCCAUGUAAAAAGCAGUGGAAAAGGAAAAGGGUGCUCCCUCUCUUUCUCUCUCUCUUUUUCAAGCUUUUACUGCGUGUCAGAGAGAAAGUCAACCGGAUAAAGAGGGUUUUGUCUGCAGACAUGUUUGAAAAUUCAAUUCAAACAUGAUGAAUCAUGAUAAGGCGAUAAUGUCAUGUCUCAGAACUGUGAGCCUGUGAGUGAAUGAGUGAGUAUAUAUGCAUCGGAUUCGGUGGUCCCAGAGGCUGAUCGAUGAUGGGUCGGGUCACCUUCCCGGUUCAGUACAAUGAAGGCUUCGCUGGGAAGGUACCCGGACAGGACUUGGCCCACUUUCUCGGUGUAAACACAUGGGACAGUUUUAUAGGGCAGCCGAGAGCCACCGUACGGAAAGGAAAAGAAUUGUUGCAAACUCAGCUAGAGACAGCCGGAAUCAAUGCGAUGAAGGCGCCAACACUCUUCACGGGGUAGACGGAAGACACCGGGAUGUCGACACGGGGCAUAGAUCGGAGGGCAAAUGGAUUGUGUUUGGCGAACGCCUAGCCUCCUCGCUGCCCCAUUGUCUAGGAUAUGAAUCUGCUGUUCGCGAGAGGCGAUGCUCCUGUUUUCCCAGUAAACCAACGAUGACAUUUGCAUGUAUGUACGUGACCGUCCACAACUGUACUGCUGAAAUGAAUUCUGAGAUCUGUAUAUAAAUGGAUGGAAGUUUGGACCUGAUGUUGUUUUCUUUUCAAGAGAUGUGGCUAAUGCAAGUAGGAAACAGUUCUUGAAGUUAAUCACAUUUGA